AUGUCUUACCAGCCAGGAGAAAUGUGCCCUGUUCACGAGAAAGACCACCCGAUCUGCCCUACCGGUGCCCCAUCCCGGGACUUCAGUCACCACCGGAGGCCUCCGCCGAAGCCAGUUGCCAAGCCCCGUCCUACCCUGCCCUCAUCAGGAUCAGCUCGCCCACAAGGCAUGGUCUUUUCUCCCGAUGACCUUCCCCAAGCUCUUAAGAACAUUGGUGGAACUGGACUACCUCCAGCUUCCGGUCGCCUUCCAGCUCCCCUCUCCCUUCAAGCUCGAGCUGCACGGGGAAAGGGAAUUGUUUUUAACGUCGAUGAACUCCCACAGGACCUCAAGGAACUACAAUCGGCUCAAGGCAACAAGACCAACGCCGCUUGA